AUGGGGCUCGCGUUCGGGAAGCUCUUCAGCCGGCUCUUCGCCAAGAAAGAGAUGCGGAUCCUCAUGGUCGGCCUCGCCGCCGCCGGUAAAACCACCAUCCUCUACAAGCUCAAGCUCGGCGAGAUCAUCACCACCAUCCCCACCAUCGCACCCAAUGAAAACUACAUUUUUCUUUCUGUUGUUGAAAACUACAGUUUUUAUUGGAAUGCUCAUUUAGACAUUAUCAUCAGGGUGAAACAAAGCAAAAUUAAGAAAGACAAAAUUUGGAAAGCAUGA